AUGUUCCGUGGUGUUUCAAUCUACCAUGCCUUGAAGCACUGGAAGGUUCCAUCCAGGAUAUGGCCCAGCCGGCCGUUUACAUCCUCGGGUAAACUAUUCAACGAUUCGCAGCCCAUUUAUCAUGGGGGAGAGUUUCUCAAGAGUUUACCCCAGUUCCAGCCGCAAUUGGUGGAUGUCUCAAAAGUCUUGGUGAUUGGCUCUGGCGGUUUGUCUAUCGGCCAGGCUGGUGAGUUUGACUACUCGGGAUCUCAGGCCAUCAAGGCUCUCAAGGAGGCCAAUAAGAAAUCGAUCUUGAUCAACCCUAACAUCGCUACAAAUCAGACCUCCCACGCUUUGGCUGACGAAAUCUACUACUUACCUGUCACACCAGAGUAUAUCACGUAUAUCAUUGAGCGGGAGAAGCCAGAUGGCAUUUUGUUGACGUUUGGCGGCCAGACGGGUCUUAAUGUUGGUGUGCAAUUGGACAAGAUGGGUGUGUUUGACAGGUACGGCGUGAAAGUAUUGGGUACGCCUAUCAAGACGCUUGAGACUUCAGAGGACCGUGAUCUUUUUGCUCAGGCAUUGAAGGAAAUCGACAUUCCUAUCGCUGAGUCCAUUGCCGUAGAAUCGGUCGAUGAUGCUUUGGACGCUGCUAAAAACAUUGGCUACCCUAUUAUCGUUCGUUCUGCUUACUCCUUGGGAGGUUUGGGCUCUGGUUUUGCUGCUAACGAGCAAGAGCUUCGUGACCUUUCUUCCAGAUCGCUCUCUUUGGCUCCCCAGAUUCUUGUGGAGAAGUCCUUGAAAGGCUGGAAGGAAGUCGAAUACGAGGUGGUCAGAGACAAGGACGGAAACUGCAUCACCGUGUGUAACAUGGAGAACUUCGAUCCCUUGGGAAUCCACACCGGCGACUCCAUUGUGGUAGCUCCUUCGCAGACUCUCUCUGAUACUGAAUACCACAUGUUGAGAUCGGCUGCUAUCAAAAUCAUCCGUCAUUUGGGAGUUGUUGGUGAGUGUAACGUUCAGUACGCUUUGCAGCCAGAUGGCUUGGACUACAGAGUGAUCGAGGUCAAUGCCCGUUUGUCCCGUUCCUCUGCUUUGGCCUCCAAGGCUACUGGCUACCCUUUGGCCUACACUGCCGCCAAGAUCGCCUUGGGCCACACAUUGCCCACGUUGCCUAACCCUGUUACCAAGACCACCACUGCCAACUUCGAGCCUUCUUUGGAUUACAUCGUCACCAAGAUUCCCCGUUGGGACUUGUCCAAAUUCCAACAUGUCAAGAGAGAUAUUGGUUCAGCCAUGAAGUCUGUGGGAGAGGUGAUGGCCAUUGGCCGUACUUUUGAGGAAUCGUUCCAAAAAGCCAUCAGGCAGAUUGACCCAUCGUACGUCGGCUUGCAAGGUGACCACUUUGACAACCUAGACGAGGCCUUGGCCAACCCUACCGACAGAAGAUGGCUUGCUGUGGGACAAGCUUUACUCCAUGAGGACUACACAGUUGACCGUGUUCACGAGCUCACAAAAAUAGACAAGUGGUUCUUGUACAAGAUCAUGAACAUUGUGAGAAUGUACCGUGAAUUGGAGUCGGUUGGAGACUUGGGCCAUGUCAACCACGACUUGAUGCAAAGAGCGAAGAAAUUGGGUUUCUCUGAUAAGCAAAUUUCCGUGUGUGUGAAUGCCACCGAGCUCGAAGUCAGAGCCGUGAGAAAGCUGUUUGGCAUCACUCCUUUCGUGAAAAAGAUUGACACCUUGGCUGCUGAGUUCCCUGCAAACACGAACUACUUGUAUACCACGUACAAUGCUACCUCUAACGACAUCGACUUCAAGGACAACGGGACGUUGGUGUUGGGAUCUGGUGUCUACAGAAUCGGUUCGUCGGUGGAAUUUGACUGGUGUGCCGUCGCUACGGCCAGAGCCUUGAGAGAGCUGGGUCACAAGACUGUGAUGAUCAACUAUAAUCCUGAAACUGUGUCGACUGACUUUGACGAAGUUGACAGACUCUACUUUGAGGAACUUUCCUUGGAGCGUGUAUUGGACAUUUACGAGUUGGAGACUGCUCAAGGUGUGGUUGUCAGUGUGGGUGGCCAGUUACCUCAGAACAUUGCUUUGACCUUGCAAAACCAGGGCUGCAACGUCUUGGGCACAAACCCUGAAGACAUUGACAAAGCUGAGGACAGACACAAGUUUUCGCAGAUCUUGGACUCCAUUGGAGUCGACCAGCCUCAAUGGAAGGAGUUGACUUCGAUCGAGGAAGCUGAGCGUUUUGCCGACGAGGUCGGCUACCCAGUGUUGGUGAGACCUUCUUAUGUGUUGUCUGGAGCUGCCAUGUCUGUGAUUAACUCCAAGAGUGAGUUGGACGCUAAGUUGAGCAAUGCCUCCAAGGUUUCCAGAGACCAUCCUGUGGUUAUUUCGAAGUUCAUUCAAGGCGCCCAAGAAAUCGACAUUGAUGGCGUUGCCCACAACGGUAAGGUUUUGGUCCAUGCUGUCUCUGAGCACGUUGAGAACGCUGGUGUCCACUCUGGUGACGCUACUCUCGUGUUGCCUCCACAGAACUUGUCGCCAUUGAUCUUGCAGCGUCUCAAAACCAUUGCUGAUAAAGUAGCCGAGGCAUGGAAGAUCACUGGUCCUUUCAACAUGCAAGUCAUUUACAACACAGAGGAUGGUAAGCUCAAUGAUGAAGACGCCCAGUUGAAAGUUAUCGAAUGUAACAUUCGUGCCUCCAGAUCCUUCCCAUUUGUGUCAAAGGUGUUGGGCACGAACUUUAUUGAAGUCGCUGCAAAAGCCCUUCUUAAUGAAAAUGUUCCUGCUCCUGUUGACUUGAUGGCUGCUAAGUACGACAGAGUCGCUACUAAAGUGCCACAAUUCUCCUUCACAAGAUUGGCUGGCGCUGAUCCAUUUUUGGGAGUUGAGAUGGCUUCUACUGGUGAGAUUGCUUGCUUUGGUCACGACUUGAUCGAAGCCUACUGGACGUCCAUCCAGUCGACAAUGAACUUUCAUGUUCCCUUCCCAGGAACCGGUAUUUUGUUUGGCGGUGAUUUGACCAAUGACAAAUUGGGCAAGGUUGCCGAAACGGUAUCUGGUUUGGGCUACAACUUCUACUCUGCCUCGCACGAGGUUGCUCAAUACUUGGCUCAGUACGUCUCUGAGCCAGUGGAGGUGAUUGAUUUUCCAAAGACAGACAAGAGGGCAUUGAGAGAAAUUUUUGCCGACAAAAAAAUCAGUGCUGUGAUCAACUUGGCUCGCGCUAGAGCAGAGAGCUUGUUGGACGAGGACUAUGUGAUGAGAAGAAACGCCAUUGAUUUUGCCAUUCCCUUGUUCAAUGAGCCCAACACCUCGAAGUUGUUUGCCGAGUGCUUGAAGGCGAAGAUCGCUGACAAAAUCAAGUUUGACACUGCUCCAGAGACAGUGGAGAUUCCAAGCGAAGUGAAGAGAUGGAGCGAGUUCCUUGGAGGAAAACCCGUGUAG